AUGUCUGACACUGGCUUGUCUGAAAAUGGAUUUCCCCUCACCAACGGCGUCGAGACGCUGCUCCCGCCGCCGGAAGGCUACGUGGUCGACUUUGAUAACCCGAGACAGCAGUAUGCGCUCGAACACUACAUCAUCUUUGGUGUCUUUGGGCCUAUUGCUUUGAUUGCCUUGUUGCAGAGGUAUUACACCAAGAUAUGGCUGUCCAAGGGGCUACAGGCUGAUGAUGCGUUCAUGUUUCUCGCAUGGUCCACCGCCUACCGUCCUCGACACCACGACAGUUGUCGAGUUCUGUCCUCCAAACUAACCACGAAUUCCGUCUCACAAGGAGGCAUGUGUGCCCACGCUUGGGAGAUGCCGUUGUCCCGAUUUGAAGAAUACUCGGUGAAAUGGUUCCGCAUAGCCGUCUGGGUCAGCAUCGUCAUCGUCGCCCUGUACACCGCCGUCCUCACCCUCCUGAUGAUCUUCCACUGCAACCCCGUCCAGAAAGCCUUCAACUUCCGGCACCAGGGGGGUUCCUGCUUGAACGUGGCCGUCCUGUACAUUGCCACCGCCGUCUCCAACAUCCUCACCGACGUUUUGCUGUUUAUUUUGCCUAUACCCAUGGUUCUUCAUCUUCGGAUGAGUUGGGCGCAGAAAGUCGGAGCCAUUAUCAUCUUUGGGAUCGGCUCUAUGUAUGUGGACAUCGGCGAGAAGGCUGGGGAUAUUUCAUAUCACCACGAAGACCAAAGACUGACAUUCUGCAGGACCGUCGCCACAUCCAUCGUUCGACUCGUCUACCUCCCCCCCAUCCUAGUGAGCAACGACCCCUCCUGGGACGCCGCCUUCGCGAACCUAUGGACCUUCCUCGAAGCCAACCUCUUCAUCAUCUGCGGCUCGAUGCCCACCCUGCGCAAGUUCUUCAAGCACUUCGCCCCGCGCCUCAUGGGCCAGUCCUCCUCCAGCCCGUCCUACGGCGGCUACGGCGGCGGGAAUGGCUAUGGCUACGCCAGCCGCCUCUCCGCCGCCACCCAGAGCCGCAUCCGCAAGGGCCGGAAGCAGUACGAGCCGUUCCCCGAGAGUAGUAUCGAGAAUGACAUGCAUCUUGAUACCAUGCCCCGCACCAGGCCUGGGUCGGAUCCGGAGUUGGAGGAGGAGGAGCAGCAGCAGCGGCGGCGGCGGCGGCGGCGGCAUGCGGGUGCCGUGUCGGUUAGUGUCCAGGGGGGCAAGGAGGCGACGGUGCAGGGGUUUGGGGAUGAUCACAGCGAGAGGGCUAUUUUGCAGACCAAGUCUUUUGUGGUGCGUUAUGAGGAUGGGAGGCCUACGUGA